UCAUACGGCAUUUCUAUGGCAGUCGCUUGGCUAGAUAGCAUUUCAGGAGGCCCAUGUGGCACCAGCUCUACGCUGUACACGUAGGUUUAGAGUAACGAACUAUUGCAGAUGUAGAGGCAAGCAUCGCACUGACGCCAUACGAAGUAUAAUCUUCUCGCAUCUGGCGAUGUGUAGGCGAAGAUGUGCAAAUUGAAUGCACACUCGGGUCAUCCAAGAAAUUGGGCUGAGCUAGCCUGAGGCAGACUAGCAGAUCGCCCGUGAUCAGUCAUUCGCAUUCCCCACGCGCUCAGGAUUCCCAUAUUAUUUAUAAUUCACGUGUACUUCGGUGCCUACUCCGUUAAGUCUCCGGGCUUCUCAGUGCAGUUCAACUCACUUGCAUAGCACUUAUACAGAGUUUCGAAGUGCUCACUCUCUCAAACACCCGCUCAACAUGUCCCUCCACAGUUCAAAGAUCCAAAAGAUCGAGUCACUGACUGCCGGCGAAGCCAAAUGGUUGAAACUUGAGAAAAUAACAUACACCGAUCCGGAGAACAAAGAACGAGUCUGGGAGUCCGCAUCUCGUAGCACACGCGCAAAAGGUUCACUUAUCGAUGGCGUUGGUAUUACAGCCAUUUUCCAGCCGUCUUCUGAGGCGCUUCCCGAUAGCGCUCACCCACUCGUCAAACAAGUCCAAGCAUCCGGAAAACCGUGCAUUCUACUCCAGAAGCAAUUCCGGCCUCCGGUCGCCGCCGUAUGCAUCGAAGUCCCGGCUGGCUUGGUCGACGCGAACGAGUCUGCAGAAGAAGCAGCGGCGCGCGAACUCAAAGAGGAAACGGGUUACACUGGUGACAUUGUCAGCGAAGGAUUUGGUGUGAGUCCGGUCAUGUGGAAUGACCCUGGCUUCUGUACCACCAAUCUGCAGAUGGUGCAUGUCACGAUCGAUCUAAGCAGGCCGGAGAACCAGAACCCAAAGCCGGAGCUGGAAGCGAAUGAGUUCAUCGAGUGCUUUGCAGUCCCACUCGCAGACCUAUAUGCCGAGUGUAUAAAGCUGGCGAAGGAAGGAUACGCGAUAGAUGCACGUGUGGGAACGAUGGCUGAAGGUAUCGAAAUGGCAAAAAGAUGGAACUUGAAGUGACUCGAUAGGCCACUUUCAGUGAAUCUAAAGGCUCAUAGUGUGUGUCUCUCAAAUCUGGGCAGCAUGAUGUGUAUAGCCCAAAGCCAUAGACGUCUAAUAUCACGAAAGCGUGGAAGAGAUCAGACAGGAAUUUGCGUUGUGGCUACGAGUAUUACACUCAGUCAGCCAUAGUAAGGCUUCAUACGUGAUGUA